UAACGGGGUGACAUGAUUGGGUUUAGAAUUGGACCAAAAACAUCAUCCAUAUUCCAUGCCAAACUCUAUCAUCCUCUUAUUCUGCUUCAAAGGUGGAGUCAAAGGUUAGCCCUCGGACCCAGAAACCCCAAAUUCUCUGAAUACCUUAGCCACAAUCCUGACAGCUCCACAUGGUGAGGGCAUGCAGACAUAUUUAGACCCACCCCUACCAUCAUUACACAUGGAAGUCUGCUGGAAUAUCUGCCCCCUCACAUCCCUCUCCUGCAUUUCCCUCUUCACAAUUAUGGAGGAUUAUAAUACAAUGCUUCUAUUCUAGUGUAAUUUCAACCACAUUUGAUUGGUGCUCCCCUUUGUUAAGUUUAUCUUCCUGGGUAGAUGCUAUUUCUCUGGCAUUUUCAUGCAUUGACAUUCAACACAUUGGAAGCUGAAGCCUUAAGGGGAUACAGGUAUCCAAGACUUGAAUUCUGUCUGAAGGGAGUGUCUUAGAUGCUUAUAAGUUAUAACCUAAUUAGAUUUGGACUCUGGUUAGCUGGAAGUGCUGGUAUUUUGGGGAAAUUUUGAAUCUUUGAUUGAAACCUGAGGCCAAGAUUGUCUGGAUUUAUGUUGUUGAAGAUGGUUGGUUCAUUUGUGACAUCAAUUUUUAAAGGGUUCUGAUCAUCUGGCUUUGUGGGUGGGGACUGGAAAAGUCUUCAAAUUGGCUUUUGGUUUUGGUAGCAUUUGAUUGGAAAGUACUUGGUAUCAGUAAUGCCCUUUAGGCUUUAGAUUCCCAUUUUGAACACAAAACAUAUUGCUGUAUCUAGAGAUUGCAUCUUGAAGUGUUCAAAGACAUUGGACAUGAUCUUGUGGAGAUGAAUUCUGUUAACGAAGGGCAUUCGAGUUUCAAGUUUCUGUGAAGUUUUGAUCUUGUUGCUGAAGAAACAUGGCAGCGAGGCUUUUGCAUUCUUUGGCUGAUGAAAAUCCAGAUUUGCAAAAGCAGAUUGGCUGUAUGAAGGGAAUCCUUCAACUCUUUGAUCGUCAACAUAUACGUAUAGCUGGCCACAGCCCCGAAGGGCUCACUCCAGGUAGUUUGCACUUCAGUGAUGACACUUCUGAACAAAAUUUAUGCAGCAUGUACCAAAGAUCAGCUGCAGUAGAAAAACAAAAAUUCUCUAAAGAAUCUUCAACAUACUCGUUCUCUUCAUUGCAGUCGUCUUCUGUCUCCUCUGUUGAUUGCAGAAAACCAGCUCAACGAGAGCAAAGAGCGAUUUUUCCUGAAACUCCUUCAAGAGAUCCAGUGAUGAACCAACUAAAAGCAUCCCAGCAAUUUGGUCGGGAGGUUCUUGACAUUAGGGAUGUGGUUAAGGACUCGAUGAACAGAGAGGGUCAAGGAUUAUCGAUCAAACCCAAAGUUAGAGAGGAAGUAGUGGAAUCUAUUCUGAAACACACAGCUUUUGAUGGGGAUUAUGAGACAGAUGUUAAAGAUUCUCUUCGAGUUCUUGCUAAGCUUCGAGAAGCCUCAUGGUAUAGCAGUGAACCUCGAGAGCCUUCAAGAUCAUCAUCGUAUCAUUCAAAAGAUUCUAGGGAAGCAUCCCAUCUAUCCUUUGAAUCACUGAAUAUUCCCAAAUCCAACUUUUCUUCGAAACCUUCCCACCAAGAUACCAAUGCUAGGUCUGCUAGGCCUCCAAGUGUUGUGGCAAAGCUAAUGGGCCUGGAAACACUGCCAGAUUCCAUGUCACUGAGUGAGACUAAAAUGUGUUCAAACAAAACUUGUUCUUUGUUAUCUAAUCCCACGAGGAGCCCUUCGAAGGAACCAACUUCGAAUCAUUGGAACCCCGACUUAGUUAUGAAGCCUAUCUCCAGAUUUCCGAUUGAACCAGCUCCCUGGAGGAAGUUUGACGGGACUCAAGUUUCCAAGAAACCAGCAGCUAGGAACUCCCAGAGUUUAAACAAGCCUCUAAGCUCGUUUCCUUCUGCUUAUAGCGAGAUAGAGAAGAGAUUUAUGGAUCUUGAAUUCACUGAAUCAGGCAAUGACCUCAGAGCUCUAAAGCAGAUACUGGAAACAAUGCAGAGAAAGGGGCUCCUUGCUGCCCAGAAAGAUUGUCAGGACUCUAAUUUUACGUCUCAAAGUGCAAACCAGCGAACGAGGGGAUCCAAUUCAUUAAGGCACUUCGAGUCCUCGAUUGUUAUCAUGAAGCCCGCAAAGCUAUUGGGAAAAUCGGGUACACCAUCUUCUUCUGUGAUUCCUCUGGACGACUUAUCCAAUAUCCCUAAACUUCAAGGUAAUGAGGGCUUCCGUGGUAGAAAUGGGGCAGCUACUACUCGUGUAACAGUCAAGGAUCAAAACCUUAAAACUAGUAAAAGAGUCAAUACGAUUAGUUCCACUAAAACCAAUAAUAGAACUCCAAUAUCUCCUCAAGUUUCAGUUAGGUCCAAGGAGAACAAUUCGGGCUCAUUAAAGACCCCGGGAUUCAUCAGCCCCAGAUUGCAACAGAAGAAACUCGAGCUGGAGAAACGGUCUCGGCCACCCACACCUUCAUCUGAUUCGAAAAUAUCAAGAAGACAAGCAAACAAGCAACAAAUGAAGUCUAGUCCCCCCGGUGGAAAGCAUGGACAAAAGAGUUCCAAUAUCCCGCAAAAUGAAGAAGUCACUAGUACUUUACAGUCUUUCGAGAAAAGCAGCCCCUUGGCAAAGACUGUUGGUCUAUUGGAAAAUGAAUUAUUGGGCGAACCUGCUAUCCUUGCCCCUGAAUAUCCCAGUCCCGUUUCAGUUCUUGACAAUGUUGGGUACACAGAUGAAUCACCCUCCCCGGUCAAGCAUAUUUCAGAAGCUCUGGAAGAGGACAGAUCAGAGUAUAAUGCUGCAUCAAGCACAUUUGGUUAUCCCGUCACUCUGGAGAUUAAUAGAAAGAAACUAAAGAAGAUUGAAAAUCUUGUUCAGAAACUCAGAAGGUUGAACUCUAGUCAUGAUGAAAUCCACACGGAUUAUAUUGCUUCGAUCUGUGAGAGCACAGACCCGGAUCAUAGAUAUGUUGCUGAAAUUUUAUUAGCUUCCGGCCUUCUCCUUGGAGACCUUGGUUCAAGCACAACAACGUAUCAGUUCCAUUCAUCUGGCUACCCGAUCAAUCCCGAGUUGUUUUCUGUUCUGGAACAAACCAAGGAAAGCACUUUAGGCAAGGAAGAAUGCGCCAAAGAAAACAGCAACAAGGCCAAGGAGAAGAUCCAUAGGAAGCUCAUCUUUGAUUUUGUCAAUGAACUCCUUGCUGCAAAAUUGGCUUUAGUAGGACCCUUUUCUGAGCCAUGGCUAAGGCCACGGGUGGCAGCCAUGAAAGCCCCGAAUUCACAAAAGCUUCUGAGAGAGUUAUGUGCAGAAAUAGAACAGCUCCAGACUAAACCAUCCAGAUGCUCCUUGGACCAAGAUGAAGAUGAUGAGCCAGAAAGUUGGUCAGAUUUCGCGGCUGAAACUUCAAACAUUGUUCUUUCUUUAGAGCGAUUAGUCUUUAAAGAUUUAGUUGAUGAGAUAGUAAGGGGUGAUGGUAACAGUUUGAGAACCAAGCCAACCAGACAGAAGCAACUCUUCAAAAAAUAGCUUGUUUCUAAUUGCUUAUUAUUCCAUUUUCUUGUAUCUUUCUUUUUCAUUACCUUUCUGGCUUUUGCUAAGAGUACAACAUUCAUGAAUUCAUAUUGUAGUUCUUGGAUGGAAAGUAAAGGGGAAACCCCCUUGAUUGUAUUAUAUUACGAUUAUAUACUGAUGCCUGAUGAUAA